CCAUAGUCUAAGUUCAAGGAGGAUGGAAAUUAUAAGUACCUACUGACCUACAGAGUUUCGGUGGGCUGUUUUGCUUGUUAGUUACCUCCACAGAGUACCUUAUAUUAAAACUGAAAGUCUGAAGAGAACACUUACUGUAGCAACUAACAAUUACCUUCUACCUACGAAAUUAUAAUUUGUUUGUGAAAAUAAUAGAAAUAACAAAAUAUUCAAAUCAGACAGGAACUAGGAAGUAUUUAAAUAAUUUAAUUAUGUCUGGACGUGGUAGACAUCAAGGUAGGCGUAAUAACAGCAAAACGCUUUCGUCAGUGGCGCGAGAAACCGUUUUAUCCUUGCCUGCAGAUAGUCCAGUUCUGAAACUUUUUAAGUCUGCUGCAAAUAAGCUGAAUGAACGUCAAGACAGACAUGAGCGUCUUGUAAAACUAUCCAGGGAUAUAACUAUAGAAAGUAAAAGAAUAAUAUUUCUAUUGCAUACAGCAAUCACAAAAGAAUCCACUGAAAAAGUUUUAAAAGAAGCAAAUGAGCGCCUACAUAAGUUGAUUAACGGCCCCCUUAGUAGUAUUGGUUUAGAACUAGAAAACUGUCCAGCAUAUCUGCAUUCCCGUGCUGUCACUGCGGGUUUCCAAGAGUUCAUUGAAGCUAGGACACUAUUUUCCUUUAUGGAAAGUAAAAGUAUUGUUACCUGGUUGGAUGUACAGAAAGAGUUGACAUAUGUUGUAAAUGAAGAAGAGACAGAUAGGACUGUAGUGACCAUGUUGCCACAGGUUGACUAUAUGUUGGGCUUAGCUGAUUUGACUGGAGAGUUAAUGAGGAGAGCUAUCAACAGUAUAUCAAGUGGAGAGAGUGAGGAGUGUUUCGAUUCAUGUCAAGCCGUUCGCGUUCUGUAUACAGGCUAUUUAGGACUGUUUAGUACUGGCAAGGAGCUCGCCCGUAAAAUGUCAACUACACGCAGUAAUGUAUUUAAAGUAGAGUCUGCAAUGUAUGCUUUACGUGUGCGAGGUGGGGAGGCACCUCCGACACUGCUGUUGGUGGAGAAACCGGAAUAUGAUCACCAUGAUGCAUCUGAUGAUGAAGGUUUCUUUCAAAGCAAUAAAUGUUAAGCUUUUCAA